UUUGUCUAUUUAUCCUGUUAACUUACGGACGAUCGGUAAAAGAGGACUGAGUGAGAUUAUGAUUUUGGUAAAAUUCAAUGUAAUAAGCGCCACUGCGUACUUCCGGCUGCUUGAAGUUUGCCUACAAGACAAGAAUCGAUAAUGGACCGAGGGUUUCAUCUAUACCAGCGCGGUAUGGAAGCCAGCCACAAACAGCUUAUUUAUCUCUUCGCAAUAAUCAAUCGCCGCAAACUUUUACGACCUCCAGAAAAAAAACUUCUAGCUAUUCACUCACAGAUGAUCAAUGUUGGAAGGAUGGUAUUGUCGUUCGAUCGCAAACAACAAUGCCGAUGUGGAGGAUGACGACGACGACAGUCCCGAGGAGGAAGUUCCAAAUUACAAGGACCAGUACAGAAAUUUGAAGCGCAAAUUGAAGUUUCUCAUUUACGAAAACGAGUGCUUCCAAGAAGCGCUUCGUUCCACUCAGAGAAAACUCCUCAAGGUUAACAGAGAUAAGAGUUUUCUUCUUGACCGAUUAUUGCAAUAUGAAAAAGUCGACGCUUCGUUCAGCGAAAGCGACGAAACUGAAUCAUCCGAGGAUGAAAUUGUUAGAAUGGAUACUUCAAAAAGAAAAAAGCCGGAAGUAAACGUAAACAAUCACACGCCUCAUCAUCCGGUUCCAGUGACAGUAGCUCCAAUGAAACCACUGAAUACAAGUAAAAAGAAAAAACCAACGCCAAAAAUACCGAAAGUUCAAAAUCCCCCAUCCGUGCAAUCUCCGAACAACACGGUAUCAAUGUCUUUCGUUUCUGACGGUCACAUGACGCCGGAAGAGGUCGAACGACAUUUAGAGUCACGACAGACGUACCUGGAACUCGUACCAGAAAAAGCACCGCCUACGGUGCCCACCGAGAUGUUUAGCAACGAUCCGUCGCUCGACAGCGAAUCAAAUGAGAUCGGCGAAUUGGAAACAUCGCCGAGCAACAUGGGCGAGGAUUGUCUCAGCGUUGACAUGAUGCAUGAAUGAGCAUAAAGCAAAUGAUAGAGUGAUACGAUUUUGCGAGUAAUUCAUAUAGUUACGAAAUUACAAUACAAUAUUGCACAUAAAGCGUUAACGUAAAGCCCUUUCCGUACAAUUAAAAUUGAUGUAUCCCUUCAAUUAUUUAAUCGUAUUCAUCGAUAAUAUAAUGGAAUUUUUUUAUA